CACGACUCUGAUGCGGGCAGACGGUGAAUCUGAGCAUCUGUGAGGAUCUUCAUGGACGACAGGCUGAUAAACCGGCAGCAGCAUCACUGACACACACACACACACACACACACACACACACACACACACACACAGAAGGUUCAUCAUGGCUCAUGAAUCCAGAGCGGCUGGGCAGGGAAACGCCUCCCUCUCUCCUUCGACUCUCAGCCCCGCCAUCCCUCCGUACGUGAAGCUGGGUCUGACGGUGGCCUACACCGUCUUCUACUCCAUCCUCUUCGCCUUCAUCUACGCUCAGCUGUGGCUGGUGCUGCGCUACCGUCACAAGCGCUUCAGUUAUCAGACGGCGUUCCUCUUUCUGUGUCUGCUGUGGGCGGCGCUGCGUGCGCUCCUCUUCUCCUUCUAUUUCAGAGACUGCGUGACGGCCAACGCGCUGGGACCUUUCUCCUUCUGGCUGCUCUACUGCUUCCCCGUGUGUCUGCAGUUCUUCACGCUCAGUCUCAUGAACCUGUACUGCGCUCAGGUCUUCUUCAAAGCAAAGUCCAAAUAUUCUCCACACCUGCUGAAAUAUAAGUUUCCUCUCUAUCUGCUGUUUGUUGGAGUGAGUUUGUUGUUUGUUCUGGUGAAUCUGACAUGUGCUCUGCUGGUGAAGAUGACGGACGCGCAGGUGAAGCACAUCGUUCUGGUGCGCGUCACCAUCAAUGACUCGCUCUUCGUCCUCUGCGCCGUCUCUCUGGCCGUCUGCCUCUAUAAAGUGGCCAAAAUGUCUCUGGCCAACAUCUACCUGGAGUCAAAGGGAACAUCUGUGUGUCAGGUGACCCUGAUCGGACUCACGGUGAUAUUGCUGUACGCAUCACGGGCUUGUUAUAAUUUAGUGGUCUUGGCUCUGACAGACAUAGAGACCAUAAACUCGUUUGAUUACGACUGGUACAACGUGUCUGAUCAGGCGGAUCUCAGGUCCAGUCUGGGUGAUGCUGGUUAUGUGGUGUUUGGAGUGAUUCUCUUCGUGUGGGAACUGCUGCCCACGUCCCUGGUGGUCUUUUUCUUCAGGGUCCGCAAACCUGCACAAGACAAGAGUGGUUCUGCCAUCCCCAGUCACGUGUUCACAAACAGACCCUAUUUCUUCGACAACCCCAGACGUUACGACAGCGACGAUGAUCUAGCCUGGGUAUCCCACCCUACAGCCACAUCCACCAGUUUAUGUUCUGAUGGUUAUGACUGGAGCAGCCGCAGCAGCAGUUUUCUGGUCCAUCUGGGAGGAGACGAUCAGCGGUCGUCCACGGCAACAGUGGGACUCCACCGUUAGGGAUAGGU